GAAGUAUACAACUGGUUACAAAUCUGGGACCAAAAACGGACAGCUGUGAGCAAUUUCAGGAUUUGAUUACAAGCAAGUUUUCAUCUUUUCAGAUGAAAUUGUAAUGUUUUAAGAAAUGAUAAUCUUUAACUGACAGUAAACAUGGCAGAAAGUAAAGAUUUUAUUAACUGGAUGUCAAAAUUACCAGAGCAUUUACAUACGGUUCCACUCAACCAGUUGGCUAUUCCAGGCAGCCAUAAUUCCUUUUCCUAUGAUUUGGACACAAGCUCAGAGAUAGGACCAGACAAGGCUGAUAUUAGACCAUUCAUUUCUAUGUUUGGAGACAUGGGGAAAUCAGUGAUGAAAGAAUGGUCGGUCACCCAGUACUUGACAUUCCGACAACAAUUAGAACAUGGUGUUAGAUACUUUGAUUUGAGAGUAGCAUCUAGAAAGGAUAAAGAAGGCAUAUUCUUUUUGCAUUCCUUAUAUGGCAUGCCAGUAGCGUCGGGGUUAGAUGAAAUAAAAUCUUUUCUGGAUGAACAUCCAAAAGAAAUUGUAAUAUUGGAUUUUAAUCAUCUCUUUGAUAUGACUCAAAAUCACCAUGAAAAACUAUUAGAUUUGAUUUUAAAAACAUUUGAAAGUAAAAUGUGUCCACAUUUAGACAUGGAUAGUGUUAAUUUAUCUAUGAUGUGGGAACAGGGUUUACAAGUGAUUGUUUUCUAUCACAAUGAUGUAAUCAAAGGCAAUAUGAUGUUUUGGCCAAACACUGCGAUAAAAGCUCCAUGGGCUAAUACUACAAAUGUGCAAGAUCUUAUUACUUUCCUUGAGUCCAAUUAUAAGUCGAGUAAAACGACAGACAUGUUUGUCGUGACACAAGGAGUUUUAACACCAGGGGCUGGUACCAUCAUGGCACAUUUAAAUAGCAGUUUACACAAUGUUCUUGCUGAGAAAGUUGCUCCUCGAGUUGUUUUGUGGUUGAAAGAAAAACAGACUGGCGUUCAUGGGAUCAAUAUAUGUAUGAUUGAUUUUGUAGAAAAAGCAAACUUUAUUCCAAAUGUAUUGAAACUUAAUAAAUAAUGUUGUAAUGAAUGUUUUAUUCAAAAUGUAUCUUCUUUCAAAAGUUUCAAUAUUGAACGUAUAUAUGACAUUAUUGUAGUAAUAAACAUUUUUUUUGGUAAAUUUAUCGUCACUCAAAUCUACUAUUAUUUGUUUUUUUUACACUGUGGAUUCAUCAUUAUCCUUGUGAUAUCAAUUUGCGUGGAUUUUGUAGAUUAAUCAAGGCAAACCAUGAAUUUAAAUGUUCAACCAAGUAAAAAACUUUUUUAGGCUUGAAGGAAAACAUAAAAAAAACACCAAAUCAAAUGGCCAGCAAAAUACAAUUUUUUCCUCAAUCAACAAAAUAAAUUAAUCCACAGUAUUAUACAACAACAUU